AUGACUCAAUAUUUGGUUGUUGAAUUUUAUGAAGACAAUUCAAUAGAAGCUGUUCCAGCUAACUGGUUUAAAAAAAAAGAAGGCACGUGCGCAUGGCCUAAUACCAAAAAUGCCAAUGCAUUAAAAAAAUGUGUUGAACUAAAAAGCAUUCCUAAUGAUGUUGAAUACAGUUAUCAUUUGGCCAAAGUUUUGAAAAUAUCUGAUUCAUUAUAUAAAGCUCGGAAAAUGGUAAAAAAAGGAUUAACUAACAUGUACAUUUCAUCUACUGAUGAUGAUGUUUUAUUGAAAUCCAAACGAAGAACUGAUAAAACGGCAGUAUCAAAUGUUUCAACCUUGUGUCCUAUAUUUUCAGAGUCUGAUGAUGGUAACUGUAGUGAUGAGAACAUCAAAGAUGGCAAAAUAGGUACAAUAAGAACAUUACUAAACGGAUGGUCACCAUCUCCAAAAAAAGUGAAAUUGCUGAAAAAUCUACAAGCUAAUAGUACUCUUACAAAAUCUGCAGAUGGUCGUUAUGCUUCAAAGUCAUCAAUUGUGAAACAAUUAUCUUUUACUGAUAAUAAUACAUCUAUUCAUGAUACCUCCAAGAACAAAAAUUAUAUGGCCUGGAACAUUGAAAACGACGCCAACUUAACCCCCGAAAUACACAUUGAGGAUGUAAUUAAGGACGAUUGGAAUAAAUUGUUAGCUGUAACUUCUGAUGAAAAUGCUCAAACUUUUUCAAGUUUUAUACAAAUGGAUAAUGAUCUCGAUAUCUGCGAUGAAAAUGCUGGAGAAGAUGGAGAAGAUGAAAACCCCGAAAUCUCAGAUCAAGAAAUUGAACCUACUGAACCUCCAGUAGAUAAACCCUCUCGGGCUGAUGUGUUGGCAGCCUUUGAUACCCUCGUAAAAUUUUCCCAAACCAGUGCAGAGUUAGAUUGCAAAUUUGAUGACCAGUUGAACAGCAUCAGAAAACAGUGCUUAGAAAACUAUGAAGUUACAUUCACCCAGAAACCUAUCACUGACUUUUUUAAACCGACGUUAUUUUGUGGUCCCGUCGUGUUCGUGUUAACGAGGGAGUACUUUGAUCAGACAAAUCUUGAACAUGAUUAUCUUGAUAAAAACUUAAAUAAUAAAGGUAUUGAAACUAUCAAUAAUGAGAUAAAAUCAACUGAUCUUGAAAUUGCUGAUAAUGGAAGCUCAGAAGUUAUGCAGAGACACCUAGCCGAGACACCUCAAUAUGCCAGCAAUCAAUUACAAUCAACCAGAACUCCAGAAAUUUCUAAUUCUGUAUCAGUUUCAAAGGAAACUACAGAAUUUGAAAAAGAAGUGCUUCAUAGGCUUUCAUUUUUAAAAUUUGAAUUAAAGCGAGCAGUAAAUAACCAAAGAGAUAUGGCCCAAAGACUGGAGAUAAUAGAAACUAGACUUGAAAAUAUUCCAUCAUAUGACAUUUCCAAUAUUAACAACAAUGAAUCAUCUUCUUUAAUUGAUAAAGAUUUCAAUAUACCUCUUGACAAUAUAAUUGAUCUUGAAAUCUUUGAAGAAAAAAUUUCUGGCAGUAAGGAAUUCCGUACUCAGUUGGUAAAUGAACUUUCAUACAUCGGCGGUAAACAUGUCAAGGCAAUGGUCAAACGGGUGAUGGGAAAAUUAUUUAAAGACGAAUUAUUAAAAGAUUUCUCAUACACCGGUAAAAAAGGCAAAAAAAAAUUUUGCAGUCUGGGUUGUACUUCUGUGAUUUUCGAUGCUGUUAAGAAGCAAAAUAAAUUUAAACAUUCAUCUCAAAAUGAAAUGGAGGAUAUCAUCAAAUAUGUUCUCGCUCAAGCCCCGUUUAAUUUAAAAAGAAUUUCUGAUAAGAAUAAUUUCUCUUCUUAAAUUGCUUUUUUUAAUAGUUGAAGAAUUUAAUUUUUUUUUUUUUUGUUUUGAUAUAUAUCUACUAAAUAUAUUAUUUAAUAAAAUUCUCACAAGCUGUGAUAAAAUUUAAAAAUAUUUUAUUUUAUAUAAUUUAAAUUAAUAUAACAUAUA